UUUUGAAGUUUGAGUUUGAAUUUGGGUUUGAUUUGACGGUUAACCGUUAACCUAGAAAUUAUAGGAAUAAAGUUGCUGAAAAUAUAUAUUCGUAUAUGGGAAUCCCAUUUACGUAAAUAAAGAAUAUAGAAGUAUAUUUGAGCAUCCCUAUUUUAUUAUGGAAUUAAAAUCUAUUCUGAGAAAGCCUCCAUCCUACUUAGAGGCUGUACAUUAUUCAGAUAUUUGGACUGAAAAUAUUGAACUUGUUUAUGUAGAGGCAGAUAACAGUGAUAUUAUUUCUCCAAAACGAGAAAGCCUUCUGCCAAAUCAAAGUAACGGCAGCAUUCUUGAGAUAACUGGGAGUCCACUUGAAGUUGAUCUUCAAGGCGAUGAAAGUCUUAUAAAAUUGAAUAAGGCAGUUGUGAACCACUGGUCUGAAGAAGAAUCUAAGCAUUAUCCGAUUGAUAUCAAGACGGCCAGGUCCUAUAUCAAUCAGCAAAUGAAAUUGAAAAUAAGAAAUCACGAACCUCUCUUUGUCAUUUGCAAUGGAGAAAACCCUCAGCGAACAGUAUUAAUAGGAGCUCAUAGAACAAACAAAUUCAUAUCGACAUGUUUACUCCAUGUUGUGGGUUGUUUACCAAAGGAUAAUGAACAACUAUCAUUAAAUGAAAUGGAAAACAGUCAUCGGAUUUUAGUGAGACGUGGAGAUUAUAAGAUCAAUUACUUAGUCCGAUUUAAGUACUAUGUAUUUGGUCAUUUUCUUCAGAAUGUGAAAGAUAUUUAUGCAAUGGAAAAUUCUGGAAGUGUCAGUAUCGAAAUUAUUUAUAAUAAAAAAUAUCAUUUGGAUCUACCCCAAGACUCGCCGAAUGUAAAGAAAAUGGUUUUACAAAUUAUAGCCGGUCACAAGACGUCGCCCGUUCAUUUUCUUUGGGAAGAUCUUUGUUUGUUACAAAACUAUCUGGAUAUUUUGUUGAGCAAUAAUAAUGACAGGCUGUUGUCAUUAGAAUCUUUGUCUAGCUUUGACAUUUUUCAGAGCAUUAAAAACAUUGUCGGCACGAAUUUUUGGAAAAGAGAAACAAAAAUUGAAUUCAGCCUUGAAAAUAUUCGACAUAAGAAUAUUUUGGAUAAACUCUGGAACAUUUUGAAAUUUUCUGAGGAUUUGCCUACCUUGAGGGAUGCCUUUCACUGCUUAUUUGAAGAAUUAGCACAUACUGAUUCCAAGUUCCAAGUUCCCGAGGGCCAGACAUCCAAUAUUGGUAUCAUUAUAAAUGGAAUUCUGGAUGGGAAAUUUGCUGUUCCAACUUUAACCUAUCAACAGGCUUUAGAAUUUUUAUUUGAAAUCGGGGCAGAGAAAUUGAAAAAUGACUAUCAGAGUAUCAUAAAAAAUUUCUAUUCGACAUCUGGUACCACAAUUUCUGCCAAGUGGAGCAAUCUCCAGAAAAAAAUGUUUUCGGAAGACUCCAACAGAAAAACCAGAAUAACAGUGAACCUGAAAAGUGCCAAAGUAGAUGUUAUGAAUGCUGUUUCGAAAUUAGCUUACUUAGGCAAACUCCAUGUGGCGACAGAGAUGAUAUAUUUGGUGAAAACUCACAUUCACUUACCGGAAGAUGCAUUCCACUACUUCUCCGAGAAAAUUUAUAAGAGCUACGUAGAUAAAAACGCUCCUUCUGAUUACUUCUUGGAGUUGCAGGACAAUCCUCUUUGUGAAUUUGAGACGGCGAUUGAUACUCCGAAUGAAACUAUUAUUAAAACAGAAUUGCCUGUAUCGUGGUCAUUGCAGAUGACUUCUUCAGCUGAUAAUUUGGAGGCGACAACGGUUUAUCACUUGUCAAGAACUCCUAUAGUUCCGACAACAAUUUUCAAUAAUUACGAUAUCUCUAAAAUUACUGAGGAAGAUGCGAUGGCCUAUUACGUAUGCAAAUUCGAGAGCCACAAGGAUUUUAUAUAGUGAAAUAUUUUAUGUUAGUUGAAUGAUAUAUUUAUGUUUUUUAUUUUGAAUAUAAAAUGUAAAAUA